AUGUCUUGCAUUCCUUCCGUGGCUGCUUAUUGUUGCCUUGCUAAAGGACUUUGUGAAAUUGGAGAAAUUGAUGAAGCUAUGAUGCUUGUUAGUGAUUGCUUAGGCAAUGUUGCUAGUGGACCUAUGGAAUUUAAGUAUUGUCUAACCAUUCUUCACAUUUGCAAGUCAAAUGAUGCAGAAAAGGUGAUUAAUGUAUUGAAUAAGAUGAUGCAACAGGGUUGCUCUUUAGGAAAUGUUGUAUGUUCUGCAAUCAUAUCUGGCAUGUGCAAGUAUGGAACGAUUGAAGAGGCCAGAAAGGUUUUCUCAAACUUGAGGGAGCGCAAAUUGUUAACAGAAUCUGACAUAAUUGUGUACGACGAAUUACUAAUUGAUCACAUGAAGAAAAAGACAGCAGACUUGGUAAUAUCUGGAUUGAAGUUCUUUGGUCUAGAAUCUAAACUAAAGUCAAAGGGUUGCAGGCUGUUGCCAAAUUGA